AUGAUUGGUUACGCUUGGACGAGCGAAUCGAUAGUGGUGUGCAAGGGUGUCGGUAGUGCAUGGUGCAGUGGUGCACGGCGCAGGCGGCAUCAGCUGGGUAUCAAGGGCCAGCCAAGAUCGUUUAUAAGGGCUGAUGAGCGCUGUCCAGUGAUAGACGUGGAACCCAUGGGUCUCAAGGGAGGGAAGACUCAAGGGAGAGAAAGAGGGUCCCAUCCCAGAAAGACUACCACAAAUCAAUGGACCGUAUUGGCGUCAACGAUCAACUUUAUCGACCACCACUUCGAAGAGUCGAUACCCUAA